AUGGAUGCAACAUAUGAAGCUACUUCAGGUGCUGAAGUUGCUGACAAGCAACAACAUCUAACUGAAGAUCAGUGCAAACUUUUGGCUCAAGCGUUGAAGAAUACAGACGAGAUUUUCGAUGGUCAACUCGGCCAUUACAAGCAUGAGAAGGUUCACUUGGAGCUCAUUGAGAAUGCGCAACCCGUGUUUUCAAAAGCGUAUUCUCUGCUGAAACAACAUGAACCUGCAUUUCUCAAAGAAUUGAAACAUCUACAAGAAAUUGGAGUUUUUGAAGGAACAGGCCCGUCGGAAUGGGUGUCAGAUAAUCAACUCCGUAGCUGUAAUGAGAGCCUCAACGCUCUAGCUACCUCUGGAGUAUACUGA